CGUCAUUGCGUCAGCUGGCCGUAUGUUUACAUCCAAGGAGCAGUGGUGUGUUUCUCCCUGGAUCUCCACAACAACAAAAGGCUGAGCACACGGAAACCCGCUAAGACAGAGAACACCAGUCGGCAUUUUCACAAGUCAACAUGGGUGGAGCUGUAAGUGCCGGCGAGGACAAUGAUGACUUGAUUGACAACCUGAAGGAGGCUUACUACAUCCGCUCAGACCUGGUGGAGCGGGCUUUUCGAGCAAUCGACCGGGCUGACUAUUACCUAGAUGAAUACCGGGAUAAUGCUUACAAGGACUUGGCCUGGCGUCAUGGAAACAUCCACCUGUCUGCUCCGUGCAUCUACUCUGAGGUGAUGGAGGCUUUGGAUCUCCACCCCGGCCUCUCCUUCCUCAACCUCGGCAGUGGGACUGGCUACCUCAGCACCAUGGUCGGCCUUAUAUUGGGCCCAUUCGGAGUGAAUCAUGGAAUCGAGUUACAUGCAGAUGUGAUUGAGUAUGCCUACCAGAAGCUCGACUCCUUCAUCAAAACCAGCGACAGCUUUGACAAAUUUGAAUUCUGCGAGCCGUCCUUUGUCGUGGGGAACUGCCUGGAGAUUCCUCCGGAGAGCCGUCAGUAUGACCGGGUGUACUGCGGGGCCGGGGUGCAGAAGGAGCAUGAGGAUUACAUGAAGAACCUGCUGAAGGUGGGGGGCAUCCUGGUGAUGCCUCUGGAGGAGAAGUUGACCAAGAUCACCCGCACAGGGCCGAACAGCUGGGAGACCAAAAAGAUCAUUUCUGUGUCCUUCGCUCCUCUGGCGCUGCCUAAACACAACACGAAUGGAAAACCCAAGUCUGUCCCACUACCCAAAUAUGAGGUACGGACGUUACAGGAGCUGGCUCGUAUCUGCAUCCGCCACACCCUCAGAGUGACCACAGACGGGGGAGACAGCCAGUCCCGCGGCCGAGGUUCCUCGUUCUCUGUAGGCAGGGGUCUGGCAGUGGCCGGGCUCCAUAAGUACGGCCCUCGUUUCAAGCGCAGACGCGUCCACCGGCGCCACUGCAACGCCCUCGUCUUGGCCACGCGUCAGGUGGUGGCCAGCAGCGGCAUCGGCCCCGCUCCCCUGGACAGCAACAACAACCAGGGAGGAAGAGCGGAGGACGAAGAGGAGGCAGGAGAGAGGGAGGCAAGGCGGCAGAUGAGAGGGAGCAGGAGGGCAGGGAGAGGAGCGGGAGCGGUGGUGGUGGAGGAGGAGGAGACGGUGGAGGAAGAAGACGAAGAGGAAGAGCAGGAGCAGCAGCAGGAGGAGCAGCAGGAGGAGGAGGAGGAGAAAGAGACCGGAGAGCUGCUCCGACCCCAGCCGGCCGUGAACGUCCUUAGAGAGAGGAUACUGGGCCUGCCGCUGCCCGAGCCUCUGAAGAUGUACCUGCUGUACUACAGAGAGAAAUGAGCCCAGAGCUGAAGGCACCCCACCAACACCACCUGUACAAGGCAGGACAACAUGCCACCUGCCUUACUGACCCCCAGCUCCACCGGGGAUCUCCCUUUCUCUCACCUGCUCCAUCAUCCAUUCUGUUUCCCACUCCCUCUGUUGGCCCUGCCCCCACUGUUCUUUGAUUGAUUCAUUACCUGAAAUGUAAAGACUUACAUUUGUCCAGUGGAGGGGGAGGGGCAAUAUUUCAGACAUCCAAACUUUGUGUCUCCAUUGAGGUGCAAAUAAAAAGAUAGUACACAAAUCAUGCAGAUUGUUAAUUUGCCCUGCAGCUCUGUAUAUGCCAACCAAGCUUUGCUUAACAGUGGCCCGAGUGUCCACAGCUUGUAAAAGUGGUGCUGUGAAAGAGAACCGUCAAUUGUCUCGUCCACAGAGGCAGACGAGACAUCACAAGAGUUCAGCGGCAACAAGCAGAGAGAGCAGCUUCCCCUCAGACUAGAAGGCACAGGACUGUCCCAGCUCUUCUCUCUCCACAGGCCCUGAGUUAGAGGUCAUACAGGGAUUGUGUAAGUCGUGUGUUGUCUGCAUAUGGUGGUGUGUAUUUAUCAUCUAAUGCGGAUGGUGUAGUCGUAGAAAGGAAGACAGAGUGGGCCCAAAGCUCCACUUUCUGGGAAGAACAUGUGCAGUUAAAGAUUGAAUGAUGUGAGUUGCUGUAUCAUAUAUGAUAUUGUAGCUACAGCUAGUGACCAAGAUGGUGUAUCGGUUAUUAUUUCCACUGAUUUCCAAAUAAAAGGGGAUCUUUCUCUCGAUUUCAUCAACUAAUUCAACAUAAAUGAUCUGCUUUUCCAAGGCCAAGUGUCGCGCAUCAUUACAAGCAUUGUUAUGAGCUCAGUUGAUUUACUAGAAGGUUGAAUUUUCCCCUUUUUCUAUGCAUAUAUUUCAUUGUAUGAGUUACAGUCUGUCUUUGUCUCCUGACUUCGUCAUAUGGAGAUGAAACUGACCUAAGUCCUAAUGUGUAUAUCCAAAGGGCAGUCUCAGUGCUUUUCUCUACAUCCCAUAAUAUUCUCUUAACCAAAAGAGAAUGACUAUUAAAAAAAGAUCACAUACUUACUAAUAUUCCAAUUUAAAUAAAUAAACCAGCAUGAUAAAACACAUAACUAAUGUUUUUGAUGAUUGACAGUGUGCAGGUUUUCUUUCACCGUGCUGUCAUCGUUGUUUUUUUGGUCUUGUAAUAUUUGAAUUUUAUGAGACUUGAAGUGGUGUGUACAUAUGAAAUUGUAUGUUUUGUGAAUCAUAAGAAAACAUGCUACUCUGAUAGGUAGAAGAAGCAUCUUCUAUCACAUCUUUCUGUUGUAGUUUCUAGAUAGAUGGAGCAUUAUUUCUUUGUACUUUUUUGCUUUUGUACCAAACCUUCUGCUCCCCUCUGUGCCAAACUUAUGUUGCAUAGACUAAAUUCCCAAAGAGGAAACGGGAGAUGGACAGCAAGUCACUCACCUGAAGACCAACAAUUCGUUUUGCUCUAUUACCACUAAAAUGAGUGGUUGUUUAUGUGUCAUCAUGUAAAACUUAAUAUUUCUCCCAUUGGACAGUUUUUAUCUGAAGAAUGUCUGUGAUGAAUAGCAAAGUGAUCUUUGCACAAGGCAAUACAGACGCAUCACUAAACACAGUUAUAAGAGAAACUAUGGAUGUGACUACAAUAAUAAGAGGAAUUUGAAUAUAUGUGCAGCUUAUAUUGGUAAUAUAUCCAACACUGAAUGGGAGGAUUGUGUCCAAAAAGCAGGUCCUUAUCAGGCCAUUCUACCAUUGCUACUGCUGCUGGAUCUGCCUUUGAGUACUGUAUGUACACCUUCCCUCUAUUCCAUAAGAGUACCAUUCAUGUCCGGUUGUUGUGCAUUUGUGAUUUUCUGCUGAAUGUAUAUGAUCAUGGUGGGUUUUUUGGGGGGUUUCUCUUGCACUUAAUAUUAAGUUUUGGUGAGAAUGAAUAGCUUGUUUUUAAAAAUGGAGCUGUAUAAUUGACUGCUGUUAAUAAAGUCCAUUAUAAAAAAAGA